CCUUUGUGGAGAUGGAAGAGAAGAGAUCUGUGUGCCUGCGGGGCGCGGGCUUCCCGGUGACUCCCAAGGUAACUUCCCAGGGCUCCUAAAGGUGCCGGGCCCCCGCAGUGCGGGGCGAAGGGAGGGGGCUGCUCCGGGAUGGAGCUGAUGGUGCUGCUCAAUGCCCUGGUGACUCGCCUGCUCUUCGUGCUGCACUCUCUCAUCGGGGUCUGGAGAGUGACUGCGGUGAAGAAAGAACCCAAGUACUGGCUGCUGGCACUGCUCAAUCUUCUCCUGUGCCUGGAGACAGGGCUCACCAUCAAGUUUAAGCAAGGCAGAGGCUACAAAUGGUUUUCACCAGCAAUAUUUUUAUAUUUGAUUUGCACAGUACCAUCACUAUGGCUGCUAGAAAUUCAUCAUGGGACUCAGUACUGUGGUAAUGAGCCUGGGGCAGUUCAGGUGAAUGUCAGCAACCAAGACUUCAAUCAAUCCAGAGAUAGCAGUCAUGGAAAUGAGGGAACGGAUCACCACAUCAUUCAGACGGCUAAAGUCUUUGUCAAUCAGCUCUCCACAAUCUGUGAGACUGUAUGGACACUGGCCCUCCACCAGACUUUUCUACUGCUACUAGUAGUUGGGAGAUGGCUUCUCCCCAUUGGAGUCGAAAUCACCCGGGAUCAAUUGUCUCAGCUGCUUCUCAUGUUUGUGGGAACAGCAGCAGAUAUACUUGAAUUUGCCAGUGAAACCUUGGACAUUGAGGAUGUUCGGAAGAAUUAUGCUCUCAUAAAUGCAAUUCUUGCUGUAUGGACCUGGAGUAUGCUACAGUUUCCACUUGAUCUUGCAGUACAGCAUAUUGGCUGCAAACCAAGUGCAUCAUCCAGGCAGAUCCCCAGCCUGCUGCUGUGCAGGUACAGCGCAGAACUGUGGAACAUCUGGGUCAGCCUUUUCAUACAGGAUGGGCCCUUCUUCAUUGUGCGUUCAAUCCUCAUGGGCCACUUCAGAAUAUUCAAUCAGAUGCUGGUAUUUUUUACAGCUAAGAAUAUCUUGGUUGUGACUCUACAGUUGUAUCGUUUGGCAGUGAUAAUGUUCGACUUCCGUGCCACCAUCCUGCAGAAGAGCAGGAAAGGAGAGGUCUGUUGCUGCCCAUGUGAGCCUUACGAGGCUCGUGCUCAUGCUGCCAGUCACCACGACAACGAAUUGAAAGAGUUGGUUGCUUUUCCUCCAAAAGAGGAAUCCCAAGCUCCAUCAGAAGAUCAGUGAGCAGUUACUGACUUGAAAGAAGUUGCAUUUCCCACAGCUUCUUCAGAAGGGCUUUGCCUGUUUCUAUGAUCAAACACACCUUGAGUGCCUAAGCCAUCUCUUCCACCAUGAGAACAUUAAUUUCUUCUAAACUGCGGGGGAAAUUUCUCAAGCAAAUUCAUAGGAAUGGGACUUCCUUUUUAAUCCAUUUAUAUGGUGGGUUUUGACUAGUUCCAUAUUAUUAUUAUCCACAGGAUUUUGUAGCCAUAGUUUGUAGUAGAAAGGUUGUACCAAGAAAGAUUGGGUGCACUAACAAAAUUGGUUAUUACCAUUGGUGGCACUGUGCUAACCUGUGUACUUGCAUGUAUUCAGAUAGACAGACAAGCCUAUCCAUAUGGGAAGCACAAAAGCAUUUAGCUCUACUUGAAUGGUUGGGCUAUAACUCCAGUGUGACGAACAAUAUGUUCACUGUGUAUGGGAGCAACUUCAGCAGCAACAACUGUGCAAGUGAAGAGGGAUGACAGAUGUCUGCUGUUACUGUGGCAUCUGAACAUUGUUCAUUCCAUAAAUUUAAGAAAACCUUCUUCAGAUGUUACCUCAUCCUUGGCUGGAUUCAGUUAAGAACUAUGCAACACCAUGAAACUGCAUAUGAAAGACACAAUCUGCAUGGUCUGAAUAACCUAAACCUUAAAAGAAAGCCAAAAGCAGCCUUAUGGAUCAUUAGGAGACAACUGCAUUUGCUAGAGGCAUUUUCUACAGAGUUGCUUGCCUUUCUAUUUCUACCAGUUAGAACACACACACAGAACACACACGCACAAAACCUCACCAAAAUAUUUGUAAAUACUUUUUUUCCCCUCUUGAUUUCACUGUUCUUAUAGGUGAGACAAGUUUUUAAAAUAUCUCCAUUUUAUAUGAUUUUUUUAGAAGUGGCCAGACCCAGGCAUACAAUCUCACUAGAAAGAAGAUGGCAAUGCUGCUCAAGUUUGACAAGACAAUCUAAGCAAAAGGAUUCAGGCACCCACUUCACAUUUCAUAAAGCACCACAAGGUCCCCUGAAAUAACUUGAGAGAUUGCCUGGUCUGAUGAGUGUCAAGACCCAUUUUUAGGACAUGGCUACUAAUUAUUAAUUUACACUUUUCACAUUUGGAAUGAACUACAUAUGUCCCAAUUUCUCCCAAGUGCACACCUGAGAUCAGUGUAAGGCCAUUGACUUUGCUGGACUUGGUUUAUAGAGGCUAAAAGUAAGAGAAGUGAUUUUAGAAAGUCCACCUAAAAAUUAAAUUCUCACACAAAAUGACAGGUGGUUUUACAAAUUUCUGCAUCUAUUCUGAAAGAGAGCAGAAAAGCAUAUAAAGUGACCUAAUUAAGGUAAUUUCCCUUAUGAAAAAUGCCCAAUUAAACACUGUUUUCUAAAGCCUCAGCCAUCUAAAGCCAGAAUCUGGUUUCAGGAACGAAUAAAAAGUGUUUCUGCCACCACUGCAGCAGUCAUACACUUAUUUAUCUACAGCCUGAGAAGCAAUGACAUUUAUUCUUUAAAGGUGAACCUAUUUAAAAAUUCCAAAGCCCAAAGAUGUGAGUAUGUGUUUAUGCUUGUGAGUUUUUCUUACUGUUUUAUGCAGGAUCAGACUCUUCCAUUAGGAAAGAAGAAAAUGCAUAGCCAUAAAGGAAGUCUCAUGUACUUCAUAGCCCUUUCUACCAUUCAUACAAUAGUAAUAAUGUGCAAUGCCUCCUCCUCUUCUUAUUUUGGGCCUUUUUCCAGCAGAAAUUUUAAAAAAAGCCCAUUAUUAUUUGUCAUGGUAUUGUGAUGUAGACAUAUGGAGAGUGGAAUGCAACUUCAUUAAGGAUUUUAAUUCAAGUCUAGAGGUAAAAUGUGACAUUUCUGAUGAUGAGCUGUGCUGUCUGAAACCUUUCACACUGGGAUGAAUUUAGAAUCAGUUGGUAGAACCACAACACAGCUCUUCCUUACGGAUGCAAGCUGGGACUACUCACAUUCAUUUUGAGUUUACCACUUGCUGAUAUAGUAAUUAUCCUGUUAAAAGGAUCACUGCUAAUUAAUUUGGAGUGUACUGAGCUUGCUAGAACAUCAUUCUAAAUUCAUCAGCACAAAAAUUGCAGGAUGUUCUUUUUUAAACUUGCUGUCUAUUUAAAGGCUUAGUUCAGCAACAAACUGCCUACUAGGCUCAGCCUGCAGCAAAUGCAAGAUCCCCUGGGGUCAGCAGUACAGAGACUGGUUGCAGCAGGAAUAUUUUACAGAGAACUCUAUUUCCUGGUCUUCAGUCUGUUCAAUUUUAAACAGCAGGAAAGCUUCUAAUCAGAUUUAUGAUAAGAAGAACUUGCUCCAGUGUCUGGUGGUUACUACUAGAUCCCAUUCCCAUUCACUCAGACAAAAUAGGCUAGAUCCUCCUUCCUGCUUACAAUAGGAUUUGGACUUUCCUUUUCCUCCCCAGUAUUGCAGUGAUGGCAAUCAGAUUGCUUAAAACCAAAAGAAAACCCAAACUGACAAACAAAGCACUUCAGUGGUGGGUAGACUACUACCUCCCCACCUCUGUGCAGAGGGGAAUCACACAUGCCAGGGAGCAGCAGGAAUGACAUGCAGUUCCCUCUACUUCACUGAGAAGCCUGGGAAUGGCAAUUAUGAAGUCAAGUAGCUCUCAUGUUUUGGGCCGAGCAGCAAAUCCCAGCUGGAAGCCCUCCUCACCCUCGUGUUGCAAGUGUUCUGAGCAGGAGGAUGCAGCAGUGCAUUUUGCAGCCGGCUGUUUGAGAGCCACUGUGCCAUUCCACUGCCUUCCAGAACUCUGCACUAGGCAAGUGGUAGAAUGGGUUCCCUUGAAGAUCUGCCAGCAUCUGUGGUGCACCCAAGGAUGUCACAUUUGCUGUGCAGGAAAAGCUGCAGUAAACUUUCAGAUGGGGAAAAUUCAAGCCUUCAAAAUGCAAGAAUUUCAGAACAUUUAUCUUAACAAUUAUUCACUUUUGAGUCAGAAGAAUUACAUUACUAAAUCUGUUCUGCAAAUAGAUAUCUGGCCAUUUACUAUUAUUUAUUCUGGUUGUUCCUGCCUUGUCCUUUUAGAUUAUUCCAUAUUAAACCUCACUAAAAUGUUUUACUACUUGUUUUUCCUGAGCUAAAAUGUAUUCCUCCUUUCCUCUGGACAUUGGCUCAAAUAAGCUCGUAGCCCUGAGCUGGAAAAACAACAAACAACAGCGAUGAUUUUAUUGCAUUCCUGUUGGUAUUUGUACUGUACAAUGUUCUCUGUGACCAUGUGGAAAUGGAAGAAAAUGUGCAAUUACUUUAAAAAAAUUCCAACUGCACUUUGCAAAUAAAAGGCAGUUACCUCAGGCAUAGCUGCCAAUUUAUUAUGUGAGAGCUGACUGUUAUAUGUUCCCAUUAAUUAUAUCUUCCACAUGCUGCUUUUCCUUUCCAUGCUUCGUAAGUUAAUUACUUAGGCCAGAUUCUGACUGCAGCCACUGCUUUGAAAACCUACAGCAACUGCAGUUAAUUCCAUUCGCUUCUGGAUACGUUGUUCUUUAUGCAGAACCUUUGCCCCAAGUAUGCACAGUGCAAUCCCACAGAGGAUGUGUUUAAUAUCUACAUACAGGAGGCAUUUUACACAUACAAAUAUGUACGUGCAUUUAGAUAUCCACACACACCUGGCAAUGCCCAAUACAUACAGCUUUUAUUUCUGUUACAAUCUGCGAGAUUGCUCAUAAGAACAUUCCGCAGAUGUCUCUAAAACACUUACAAAAAUACCUAAAUGUUACAAAUGUCUUGAAACUCAGAGCUCUAAACAGUGAUUUUUUAAAAAAUUUGUUUUAAGUACCUUGGUAUAUAUUGUUUCCAUGCAGAUUUCCUCAGUUGAAUGAAACGUACUCAAUUAUUACUUUCCCCUCAAAAAUAAAGUUUUUUAGAAGAGCAUCAGAACAGAACACCAGCAUCUAAAACUGCAUAAGGCUGUUUCUCUGGUUCUGCGUCAAGAGAAAAUAGGCAAGUCUUGAAAUCAGCAGGUUGGAGAGUCCUUGGCCCUCUAUCUGGGGAUUCGGUUCUCUACUUUUUUCACACUGUUCUAUGAGGAAGGAAGUCUUUCCUUCCUUGUGAGAAGAAAGAAAACAGACUAUUCCUAAUCUGUAAUGGUGAGGCAAUAAAAAUGGGUCACAGUGGCAGAAGUAGCAAAGAUGUUUGCCCAAGAUUGUUCAUUGCACAAGCAGAGACAUACAGCAGUACGGACCCCUAAGG